AUGCAGACUGCUUCUACAAACAUUUGUGAAAGAAUGGGUCGCUCUCAGGAGCUCAGUGACUCCAAGCGUGGUCCCGUGAUAGGUUGUCACCUGUGCAAUAAGUCCAUCCGUGACAUUUCCUGGCUACUAAAUAUUCCACGAUCAACUGUUAGUGGGAUUAUAACAAAGUGGAAGCAACUGGGAACAACAGCAACUCAGCCACCAAGUGGUAGGCCACGUAAAAUGACAGAGCGGGGUCAGCCAUGCUGAAGUGCACAGUGCGCAGAAGUCGCCAACUGUCUGCAGAGUCACUUAGUUUCAGUGAAGGGAACUCUUAAGGCGUCAGCAUACCAAGACAAUUUCAUGCUUCCAACUUUGUGGGAACAGUUUGGUGAUGGCCCCUUCCUGUUCCAAUAUGACUGCGCACCAGU